CAGGGCAGGAUGGGGGCGGGGCAGAGUGAACUGGCGCCGGGAGAUUCGAGCCUCGACCCUGAUCCGGACUGCUUUAACACUCUUCUGUGAGCCCUGGAAGUAACCCGCACACCUACCACAACCGGAGCCGUUUCACGUGCAUGUUUGUAGCCAUGGCGUUACCUCGUUUGAUCUUCCAGAGCGGGAUCACCUGUCGUUAAACCGUUCAGAUGGAGGCCAUGGAGGUAGACUUCCCCGUGGAGCUGCAGGGAGGAGGUGGUCAGCAGCCAGUUGUUGCAGCAGCUGUGGACGCCAACGUGCCUUACGUCAUCACAGACUCUGGCAGCAGUACAGAGGUGGACGAGGAUGACGAUGAAGACGGCGAAGGAGGACCGCCUGCAGGUGCUCCGCCCCGGCUUCCAGCCACCUGGGCGUUUAGUCAGAGAGCGGUGGGCGGAGCUGCAGCCACAUCUUCAGCAGCUCGGGGCGUGCCUAUACGGAGGAGGCUCAGGCAGGGCCUCAGGGUGCACUACCCGAGCCAGACUGCAGCGCCCUCCAGAGGCUUCCCCGACUUCCUGCUCCGAGUGCCUGCUGCCACUGUGGCAGAACCGGAGUCUGGCAGCACCACCGAGGUCAGCGAGUCUGACGAGGAAGAGGGGGCCGAGCGGGGUGAAGCAGGAGCGCCUGCUGCUGCAGAGCCUGUAAACCCGGUGCCACCUGCUAGUCCUCGCCUCAGUGCCUCCGCCCACAACACGCAACCACAGGAGGCUUCUACAAACAACUCGGGUCCAGCUACAGCGACUGAGAGAACAGAAGCUCCAAAUCAGAACGUCCAGCCGGUCUCUGCGGCGUCGGCGUCUGUCCAGCCGCCCCAAACCGAGGAGAUGGGCGAGGGUGACACCUGCUCCAUCUGCUUUGAGGCGUGGACGACGGCGGGUGAUCACAGACUGUCCGCUCUGCGCUGUGGACACGUCUUCGGCUUCACCUGCAUCCAGCGCUGGCUGAAGGCUCAGGGCCCGGCCGGGAAAUGUCCCCAGUGCAACAAGAAAGCGAAGCGAUCAGACAUCUUCCUGUUGUACACGCCGAAGCUGAGAGCGCUCGACAACUCUGAGCAGGAGAGCUUAAAGAAGUCCCUGGAGCAGGAGCAGUCUCUGAGGAGAAAAGCUGAACUGGAGUCGGCUCAGUACAAACUGAAACUUCAGGUCGUCACCAACCAAUACGGACAAGCCCAACAAGAGCUGCAGGAGCUGAGGGCUCUGAUGGCUAAGGCCGGUAGGAGCUCCCUUGCCUCCUCGGCGUCGUCCUCGCUCCUCCUUACUCAGUCCCAGCUGGCGGAUGGCCUCAGGACGGGUCAGUACAGCUUCUCCAAGGCGGUGCUGGUGUCUCAGUCUGGAGGAUCCAGAGUUUUAUCGUACUGUGAACCUCUGAGCUGCCUGCUCGCCUCGCAGCUCUCCCAGCACGCCACGCUGAUGCCCGGUUACGGAGUGAAGAAGGUGAGCGUGGUGAACAUGAAGGCGAGUCAGUACGUCCCCAUCCACAGCAAACAGAUCCGAGGUCUGUCCUUCAACAGGCAGAACGACAGUCUGCUGCUGUCUGCUGCUCUGGACAACACCAUCAAACUGACCAGUCUGCUGACCAACACGGUGGUUCAGACCUACAACGCGGGUAAACCUGUGUGGAGCUGCUGCUGGUGUUUGGACAACAGUAACUAUGUCUACGCAGGUCUGAUCAACGGCUCCGUGCUCGUCUACGACACCAGAGACACCAGCACACACGUGCAGGAGCUGCAGCCACUGCGCUCAAGGUGUCCGGUUGCGUCUCUGAGCUACGUCCCGCGGGCCGCCUCCAGCUCGUUCCCCUGUGGCGGGCUGAUUGCCGGCUCUCUGGAGGGCGCGUGUUUCUGGGAGCAGGUCAAUGAGACCACGUACAGGCCGCACAUCCUGCCGCUGGAGAACUCUGGCUGCAUCGACAUCCAGGUGGAGACGGAGAGCAGACACUGUCUGGUCACCUACAGGCCAGGACGCUCCAAUCCGUCUCUGCGCUGCGUCCUGAUGGCUCUGAACCGGACGCCUCAGCAGGACUCCAGUCAGCUGCCCAGCUGCUCCUGCUCUCCGGUGCAGACGUUCAGCGCUGGACCGUCCUGCAAACUGCUCACCAAGAACGCCGUUUUCAAGAGUCCAGACGGAAGUGGCACCCUGGUCUGUGCUGGGGACGAAGCCUCCAACUCCACCAUCGUGUGGGACGCAGGAAGCGGCUCCAUGCUGCAGAAGCUCCCCGCCGACCUGCCGGUGUUGGACAUCAGUCCGUUCUCGGUGAACGGCGAGCACUACCUGGCCUCGCUCACGGAGAAGAUGCUGAAGCUCUACAAGUGGGAGUGAAGGAGAAGGACUCAUCUCUCUCUCAUCUUCAAACCAGAGACUCGGAACAAAAACAUGGCUCCGCGGUCUGAGAGCACGAGGAGAGGAAAGAGGGUCGGUGUGGAGCCGAGGGAAAUCAAAUGCUGCUCAACUUUUAUUGCAUCAGAAACGCAAAAAAGCAAAAACUGAUGAAGAAGAGUGACGCUUGAAGAACAACUUCUGUUUUUUUAUACUGAUUUUUGAGGCCUUUAUCGGAUAGGACGUCUGAAGAGAGACAGGAAGUGUUAGGAGGAGAGAGUGAGGAACGACAUGCAGCUAAGGGCUGAGGUCGGAUUCUAACCUUCCGUCCGCUGUGACGAGGACUACAGCCUCCGUACACAGGACAUAACCACUAAGCCAUCCGGUGCCCCAGUUGUGGUUUUGUGAACAGAGACAUGAGCUGGCGUUCAGCACAUCGGUCCCCUCCAGUCAUACGAUUGUCAUAAUGUAAGCCUCGCAACAUUUCAGAAAGGUUUCUCUACAUAGAAAGACGUUUUGUUCAAGAGAUUUUAUUCAAACAGAAACUGCAGUCACGUCUCUGUUCAAAGCCAACAGACUCCAUUGACUAAAACGGCAGCACACGAGAUGUUUGUUGACCUCUACCUCCGUCAGUGAGCUCGCUCAUUUAUCGUCUGUUACACAAAUGUUUUUAAUGGAUCUGAACGAGGUAUUUAAAAAGGUGUAAAUCAGACGAUGACACAAACAAACUAAGCAGUUGAGUUAGGCCCGUGUCCACCUGGCGUUUCUUUCUGAGCGCCAGUGUCUUCUUUCAAUGGUUCCAUUGAGUAGAGAGCGUUUGCAGUGGCUGUUGUCGACAGACUGUUGUCAUGGAGACAGGACGCAGGUGCAGCACUUUUAUUCUCAGCGCACAAACGCUUCAUGUAAGAGCUCCUGAGCGCACAGCCAGCGCUUAUCUUCCCCAGAAAAAAUGGCUAGGUGGUAAAAGUAAAAUACUAUAAAACCUCAAAUAAAAGCUCAUCAUGAUUUAAGGCGCAGUCGCUUUUUUGAUAAAUAAAUUCAGCUCUCGGUUAGAGGUCACGGUGCAGUGAAGGUUUUUUAAUUUUCAGAUCAAAAACAUCAAAAAGGAUAUUUCUCUCCGUCUCUCUCCCCCUCACCGUGCAUCAGGUUAUGAUGAAGGGGCUGUGAUACAAAGAAGAUUUAAAUAUUCUUUCUGGUGUAAGUAGUCUUCCCCGUCUUUGCCCUGCACCCGUAUUGUUUGAAGGCGCGUCUUGUUUUGACGACUAAAUGAAAGGCCGGCUCCUCUUUUCAUAGACUGAAGGAAAUAAAAGCCGGCGCUGUUAACUGGAGUUUGACGGUAACCGUUUCUAUCACUGGAGUUUGUUGGCUUUGAGAUCCAUGUUUUAUGCUUUGGUUAUUCUUCUGAACGUGUCUUUGUUUUAAUUCAUAUAAUUUUAACCUCUCCUCCCUCUGAACCCUGAAACAUUAAGUGCCAAAAGAAACCGUUCUGUACUGACUGUAUAUUUCACUCUCCUUGUUCUCGUUCUCAAGGAAGUUGUAUAUAUGUGUAUAUUUGCUACCAGCUGUUUGUGUACGACCUCAAAGUUAAUAAAAAUUAUGUUAUUUUUACCUAAACGCUUCUCGAGUGGA